AGUAACUCUCUGGCUGCCGUGAGUGACACGAGCCCAGAGUAGGGUGAAGGGAAAUGCGGGUGAACUGCAUUAUGAGGUCUGGGUUGCUGUUUGUCACUGUGUCUCUUGCCAUUGCCAAGCUCCAGCAAUCUUCCUUCGCCCAAAGCUGUUACCCAAGAGGAACACUGUCCCAAGCUGUUGAUACCCUCUAUGUCAAGGCAACAUGGCUCAAAGCAACAAUUCCAGAAGACCGCAUAAAAAAUAUACGAUUAUUAAAAAAGAAAACAAAAAAGCUAUUUAUGAAAAACUGCAGAUUCCAAGAACAGCUUCUGUCUUUCUUCAUGGAAGAUGUUUUUGGUCAACUCCAGUUACAAGUUUGCAAGGAAAUAGACUUUGUGGAAGAUUUUCACAGCCUUAGGCAGAAAUUGAGCCGCUGUGUAAGUAUGUACAGCAAAUAUGGCUUGUGGUGGAACAAACGCCCCCAAAUGGCUGCCACCAGCAUCUAUGGCCCUAAGGGUGUCACAGUUGCCUCCUGCUUCUCUGCGAGACUCUCCAAGAUUUCCUGUGUUUCAUCAGCUAGAGAGAUGAAAUCCAUUACCAGGUUGAAAAGAACAUUUUAUGAGAUUGGAAACAAAGGAAUCUACAAAGCCAUCAGUGAGCUGGAUAUUCUUCUUUCCUGGAUUAAACAAUUCCUGGAAAGCAUUAAGUAAUGCAAGAAGCCAAGUGGAUUGAUUUGAUUAUUAUUUUGAAAUACAGUGAGAACUGCCAGAAAUCAAUUUAUAGCAGUGUACUUAAAAAAAAUGUGUACGUGGUACUGACAGCAAGUUAGAUGAUUCAGAACAGAUUAAUUCAACGUAAUACAAUUUUGGAGAUAAGUAAAUUGUCACUAAUAAGCACAUUCUCUGUAUUUUCAAAGAAUGCUUUCAUCCCGAACAUAUUUUGUCAUUCCCAAGUGCAUUGCAUAAAUUUAACCUAAAGAUGUACAACCAGAAUUAAAUCACAUAUUUGUGGAUAGAAAAUGAUAGAUUUCUGGGAUAAUAAUAUAAUGUUAUUGAGAUUUACAUAGACACAAUGUGUAUGAUUAUUGUCUACUUGAGGGCUUGAUGGUUAUUAAUUAUGCCCAGUGUGAACUUAACCCCUAACAGAUUUUGAUUUUAAUGAAGUAAACUGUGUUUCUUUCUCCUGGAUGUUCUUUCUAGGAUAGCAUGCUAGAAUUUCAUUGAAUAUAAG